CUGCUCCCAUUGAUAACAGUGAACUUAAGCGUUUCUAAGCGAUAACACAGCUUAAAAACUUUAGUAUAAAUAUAUCCAAUUUAGCUCGUAGUUUGAUAGUCCAAUGAAAUAAUUACAGUGCAGCAAAUAUUGUGAUUCUAGGCCCCAGAAUCACAGUCGGUGUUUUUAAGUGGUUGUUUUGUGUAACCUAUAUAGGAGUGUCUAAAUUUAUUCUAACUUAGCCAAGAAAUUUGCUGAAGAACCAACAUGUCUGCCGGAUCGGUUCUAUUCCUAACCAUCGUGUUCACUGGAUACAUUUACUGGAGUCUUGCGCAACCCACCAAUGUCCUGGAGAUCCGCUGCAAGCUGUACGCCCGUCCCGGCGUCCAAGACACCGGCGAGUGCCCUCACGGUGCCGAACUAAACCCGUGCGGCAAGCUGUCCUGCUUGAGCGGCGUCGGCGACAAGUGCGGCGAAAACUUUGCCGGCAUCAUCAUGUACGGCAAGUGCGCCAGCGGGCUGAUGUGCUGCGGCGGCCAGUGCGUGGGCUGCAAGAACGGCAUCUGCGACCACCGGCUGUGCCCGCCGAAGCUGAUGGCCGGCACCCAUCACCAGUUUGGCGGGGUCGGGCAGCAGCAGCCGCCCGCGAUCUUUCCCUCGCUGUACAAGAUGUUCGACUACUACAGCAGCGAGACGGAGUAAGGCGGGGGAGGAGGUGGAGGAAGGAGGGAAACAGGAAACCGGUAGACUGAUUCGCAUGUAGGUGUCGCACUGUAGCGUGUUGGCCUUUUUAUCGGGGCUAGAUUUUUUGACAGUUAGCCGAUAAAACGGCCAAUUUGGCAUUGUGUAUGUUUAGCUUCGCAAUGGUAGCCGAAUUUUUAUUAGAGUUGUCAAUCGACAGAGCAACAGGACUAGGAAACGUACAAAAAAGCCAGGAGCGAGUAGAGCUAGUGACAGCAACUUAUAGCGCAAACAUAUAUUUAACCAAAGAGCCCCCUAUCUAUACUUAUCUAAUCGAAAAUACGGAGAAAUUGGAUGUGAUAUUACCCCGUACGAAUAAAGCAAAUUGAAUUAAAUUCAAAACGAGAUUUUUUAUUUAGUGUUUUUUUUUUCAACUUUUAGUUACAAUCAUGUUGCGUUUAGAUGUCAAAUUUAUCGUUUGUUUUUUUAGUGCCCGCCCUCUUUCCCACAAGUCCUUUUUAUUUAGAAAAAAAUCUCGCAAAAGUUUGGUUGAUUUAUGUUCAGUUUGAGAUUUAGUGUUUGGUUUGGUUUUUAAGUUGUAAAAUGUUUAAAUUAGGUUUAAAUUUGUUGGUUGUUGUUUUGUUGCGAUUUUUAUACAAUUUUAAACUGGUUUUGUUUGAGUUUUUAAAUAAAUGUUUUAUCGUAUCAGUCUUGUAAUGUUUUAUCAGUCUUAUUUUCGCGUUAUGAUAUUUAAAAUAUCAAGUUGCGUAUUUGAAUAGUACGUUUUCAAGCUUUUAGCUAUUUCGUAUGUGUAACUUUUAAGUUAGGUAGAAUAAAUUUCAUGUUUUAACUAAUUUAAUUUUGUUUUUCAGAGGAAUUAUCAACAAUUUAAUUUUAGAAAAUUUCUAUUAAUCGAUUUUGCAAAAUUCAAGAACCAGACUCUAACGAUCCAACCUAGCUAAUCCAACAAAAAAAGCUGCCAAGACGCGGAAAUCCCCCGUUGCCCACCGGUCUCUUCCCGCUGGCCGCUCCCGGCACGCGGUCCGCGUCCGGAGCUCUUCCCGCUUGCCGACCGGCGAGAUCCGCGGCACCCGUUGGGCAAUGCUCUCUUCCCGCUGGCCACCUUGGACGCGGUCCACGUCCAAAGCUCUUCCCGCUUGCCGAGCAUGCCGAUGAUCCUACUCCUCCGGUACCCAGGAACACCCCAGCUGGAAAACGGGCGGGGCACCUCUUCCCGCGGCUUACGGCCUCCUCUUCGCGCUUGCCGGUGCCCACGGCCCGGAAGUAACCGUACUUCCUCAAGGUCAACGUCAACGUCUCGUCCGGAAGGAAGACCGAGGGUGGUUGUGUGAGGUUAGGUUUUGUGCGGUUUGUUUUUGUUUUUUAGUGGCGGAGUUGGAACUGGAGAGAAAAAGGUCAAUUUCUCGAGGCACCCCUUCCGGUAUCUUCGGAUGUGGCAUCCAAGGCCUCGAGGUUAAAGGCACUGCGCUGGCUACAGAACCAGGCGCGGCCAGUAUUGGAAAACGGUCGUCGAUAACAGUGGUACAGCUUCUCGAGAGAUAGGAAGAAAUAUUAGUUUUAGAUGUGCGUUUUUUUUCGGUAUUUAUGAUACUGCUUCCGCUGGUAGUUUUAGUAGUCUCGAACAGGAAUUUGUGUGCGCAGGUAUUUUUUCUUUUUUUUCUCGUCGCCUAAUCCUAGAAAAAAUUCCCAUUGGAGAAUGGUUUGAGGAUGAGGUUUGGAACGCCGUCCAAAGAUUUGCCAGACCGCAAAAGGGUGCCUCUCCGGACCCGGGUCGCCCCCGGAGGAUCCGUCCCCGGGUGAAAUCGAGUCUUUUUCCGCGGAUAGGAUUGGUGAGGGAUUCAAAGUGUCUAUCUCUCUCGGUGUCCUAGCCAGAAAAAGUGUUUGUUUCGUCAGUCCACGGCACAGUCUCUCACAAUCAGGCGAAACGAUCCCAACUCCUUGCGUGAGUGAUCUCUCCUCGAAACUCCUUCCCGCUGCGAACUCUCAGCAACCUCGAACCCAGGAAACGGCGGAACUGACCGAUCCGAUGAAGUCUGUUUAUGGGCAGUGGGUCCAGGCGUGGAGUCCAAAGCUUAAACAGCCUUCUGAUGACCUCCAGAAGAAAUCGU